UUUCUUUCCCUUCUGCAGCAGGCUUUCUCAUCCCUCUGUGUAGGGGCACUAGAAGGACAAUUAUUUCGUAAGUGGUGGUGCUUAACUGCUGAAUUCUGGCUUUGCUUCAUUGGGCCUGUGGAUUUUUGUUACUCCCUGUUUCUGCAAAAUAAGUUGAACAGGCAAAAUGGACUUCUCCAAACUACCCAAAAUCCUUGAUGAGGACAGAGAGGCUUUUGUUGGCUACGUCCAUGGAGUCUCAGGACCUGUGGUCACGGCGUGCAACAUGGCAGGUGCUGCUAUGUACGAGCUGGUACGAGUAGGCCACAGCGAACUGGUGGGGGAGAUUAUCCGGCUGGAAGGUGAUCUGGCAACUGUCCAGGUUUAUGAAGAAACAUCUGGUGUCUCUGUAGGAGAUCCUGUACUCCGUACUGGCAAACCCCUGUCAGUGGAACUAGGGCCUGGCAUUAUGGGAGCUAUUUUUGAUGGUAUCCAGAGACCUCUGUUGGACAUCAGCACUCUGACCAAAAGUAUCUAUAUCCCUAGAGGUGUCAACGUGUCGGCUUUGAGCCGAGAUGUCAAAUGGGACUUCACACCUUCCAAAAAUCUGCGGGUUGGCAGCCACAUCACCGGUGGAGAUAUUUAUGGUGUCGUGAAUGAAAACUCUCUUAUCAAGCACAAAAUCAUGCUGCCCCCACGGAACAGGGGUACAGUUACAUACAUUGCUCCGCCAGGAAACUAUGACACUUCAGAUGUUGUCUUAGAGCUGGAGUUUGAAGGUGUGAAGGAGAAGUUCACUAUGGUCCAGGUCUGGCCUGUACGUCAAGUCCGUCCUGUUACUGAGAAGUUACCAGCCAAUCAUCCUUUGUUAACUGGCCAACGGGUCCUGGAUGCCCUCUUCCCGUGUGUACAAGGGGGUACAACGGCGAUUCCCGGGGCAUUUGGUUGUGGGAAGACUGUGAUCUCACAGUCUCUCUCAAAGUACUCCAACAGUGAUGUCAUCAUUUAUGUAGGCUGUGGAGAACGAGGAAAUGAAAUGUCUGAAGUACUGAGAGAUUUCCCUGAGUUAACAAUGGAAGUUGAUGGCAAGGUAGAAAGCAUCAUGAAGAGAACAGCUCUGGUAGCAAAUACCUCCAACAUGCCUGUGGCUGCCAGAGAAGCCUCUAUCUAUACUGGAAUUACCCUGUCUGAGUAUUUCCGGGACAUGGGCUACCACGUCAGUAUGAUGGCAGACUCUACUUCCCGAUGGGCUGAGGCCCUCAGAGAAAUUUCAGGGCGACUGGCUGAAAUGCCAGCUGACAGUGGUUAUCCAGCCUACCUUGGUGCCCGUCUAGCCUCUUUCUAUGAGCGAGCUGGCAGAGUGAAGUGUCUGGGAAAUCCUGAGAGGGAAGGCAGCGUCAGCAUUGUUGGAGCUGUCUCUCCCCCAGGUGGUGACUUCUCUGAUCCCGUCACAUCUGCUACUCUGGGCAUUGUUCAGGUUUUCUGGGGCCUGGAUAAGAAGCUGGCACAACGCAAGCACUUCCCCUCUGUCAACUGGCUGAUAAGUUACAGCAAAUACACACGUGCCCUGGAUGAGUACUACGACAAGCAUUUUACAGAGUUUGUCCCUCUCAGGACAAAGGCCAAAGAGAUCCUACAGGAGGAAGAGGACCUUGCGGAGAUUGUGCAGCUUGUGGGGAAGGCUUCCCUAGCAGAAACAGAUAAAAUUACCUUGGAGGUUGCCAAGCUGAUAAAAGAUGACUUCUUGCAACAGAAUGGAUAUACUCCUUACGACAGGUUCUGCCCUUUCUACAAAACAGUGGGAAUGCUUUCCAAUAUGAUUGCGUUUUAUGACAUGGCACGCCGUGCUGUAGAAACCACAGCCCAGAGUGACAAUAAGAUCACGUGGUCCAUCAUCCGAGAGAACAUGAGCGAAAUCCUCUAUAGACUUACCUCCAUGAAGUUCAAGGACCCUGUGAAAGAUGGUGAAACAAAAAUCAAGGCGGACUAUGCUCAGCUGUUUGAGGAUAUGCAGAACGCAUUUCGCAGUCUGGAAGACUAGGCUCGACUUCUGCGACCACUCCAGUUUGUCCUCUCAAUUCCUCAUCUCAACUCCUCUGCUUCCCUACCUUACAAGAAUGAUGCAACAGUACUUGAGUUGAUAAAUAGCCCUAUGUUUUCCCUGUUCAUACUCAGAGAGUGUCCCUACAAAACAUUCCUUUUCGUUUGCGUUUGGCAUUGCUUUGUGUGUCUGAAAUGGUGAGUGAUGUGUGAAUGGGCCUGGCUGAGUGAGGAAAUGCUGUUGUACACUUCUAGGGUGGGAAAAAUUUCACCUUGCAUCUCCCAGCUCUCUUGGUAACCCAUCUUUCACCUUGGGAUGUAACCAGUUGAGCUGUAUCGUCAGAGGAGGUGUAGAUCUUAAUGCAGUCACGCAGUACCUUCUGAGCUGGCAGUAGUAAGGGCACUUUGCUAAGUGACUAUUAUGAUGUAGAACUCCCUAUUCUCAAACAGAAUUUUUGACCGUAUUCUGAUGCAACAUUGAUACAACCAAAAAUUCUUCACUGCUCUGUCCCUUCUGCAACCCUUAGCUGAGUCUCUUGGUAUUGAAAUGUGGUAGUUCUGGAUCUCUCCAAGAAGGGACUAACUAGAAGAUGAGCACAUACAAGCAGCCAAUAUACUCUUGUACACUGGAGAAGUAGAAUUUUAUUUUCCUACUUAAUACAAUUAGGACUGUUGGACUUGGCAUCAGCUAAAAUCAAAGCCAUAGGUGCUCAGCUUCCAGCAGAAUUUAACCUUCUUGCCUCCCACUCACCCCCCUAAAAUUUCACAGCACUCAGCUGCUUUAGUUUGUGAAACUUGUGACUGCUACCGUGUACUGCAGGACACGUGGCAUCACUGUAACUUGCUACACAUGCGUGGUCUAGGAAUUACAGUCCUUCCUCGGUGGUGCUCUGUCUGCUGGCACAGUUACCUCCCAGUGCGAUGCCCAGGUCGCCCUAAGGCAGGCGUGUGCUUAACCUUCGUCCUUCACCUGUGCUCGUGUGGCCUGUUUGGCAGCAGCACAGAAGGUCCCCAGUUCUCAUGUAGGGAGAAUGUGUGAUGCUACACUUAUGGGGGCAGGGGAUGAACAGGGGGAAGGUUGAGAAAACGUACAAAAUAUAUUUACUCCUGCCUUAUUAUGAUGCAAGAGAAACCAGUGACUCUGAUCUUCUGCGCUGUGCUCUGGAAGCACUGUCAAGCAGCCGAAAACUGCUGUGUCUUGGGCUUGUUUGUGGGCAAAACUAGUAUGAGGUGAGGAAUGAGCAUUAGAGCAGCCUUCCUGUCAAACUCCAGGAGCCCAGCACUCGCACCAUUGCUGUGGAGUGAGAGGGAGAAAAAUGCUGGUACCGUCUCCAGCCAUUGCCUCUCGCUCGUGUCAGGUGGUAUCCAGCACUGCUUUGUCCUGCCGCCCUCUGUGCCCAGCUGGCUUCCAGCUGACAUCUAUGGCUUUGUUAUGGUCACGAAACAGUAACCCUUGUAGGCGACACCGUGCUAGUGGCGUGGCUGUGCAAGCGUUAAUUCUGCACCAAAGUAUUUCCACCAGCUGCCAGCAUUGAACGGUAGGGAUGCAAAGGCAUCUCACGCCACGGACCAAAUGCUGCUGCUUCCAUUAGUCAGGACUUGCUGUUUGUCAGGGAGAGCUGACUGAGAGGGGUUAACUAUUCGUGGUUCUCCCAAAAGAAACUACUCCUCCAGCUGAUACUCUGGUAGUGAAUGGUUAAGUUUACAGCUCACUAAACUUUCAGUGUAUGCUGCUUAUUUUACCAAUGAGCAUGUGUGAAUGAGUAGCCACCAUCCAAGCCCUUGCUGGAUUCCUCAUCGUUCGUACCCUUCACCACUGUACUAUGUAGCAUUUCAUGCUAGAAACCAGAUGUUCUUAUCUCUUUAAAUAGAGGAUGUUAUAAACUUUACAGAUGUCUAAGAUAAUGCAGUUCUAAUAUUUAUUGUGCUGUAUCUGGCCCUGAAGUGUGACCAGUUCAAGGUUUCAUAUCUAUUUUUGUCUUUUUUUUUUGUUUUGUUUUGUGUCUGUUUUCAGUGUUGAGAUUCUGAUGUUCACUCUGUCCUGCAAGUCUUCCCUCUGCAGCCAUGGGAGGAAUGAAAAGAUGGGCAGAACCCCACCACCAACUUUCUUGUAUAUUUCAUAAUGUAUGUUGCUGGCAAUUGUGUUUUAAAAAAAAAAAAGUUUAAGUCAAUGAGAAUAAAAUGGAUUUAAAGUA